AUGGGAAACAGACCAUCCAAGUCGCGAUCGCAGUCUACCGCUAGGGCCCAAUUUGGGGACUUCAGUGUUGAGAAUGUAAAGGGCAGCAAAUCAUCUCUCGCUGGGAACACCAGUGGCAACGACCAAUCAGCGCCACCACCAUACACUACCUCUGCCACAUCACCAGCUUCCGUGUCCUCCGAAAAUGACACCGAAGCUUCGCAAGCGGAGGCCCGAGCAGCGUACCUCCGCCAGCCUCUGCGAGCAGAAUCGAUGGAGGAUGCGCUCGAGACGCUCCGCCAAUAUGACACGAUUAUCAUCAUGGAUGAUUCCUCGUCGAUGCGUGGCUCACUAUGGAAGGAGGCAAAACAGGCUCUCGCCGAACUGGUUGAAGUCGCAAGCCAAUAUGAUGCCAAUGGUGUUGACAUUUAUUUCUUGAACCACUAUGGAAGCAUGACAGAAGUUACGGACCCCAAAGUUGUCCAUGAAAAAUUCGCUAACCUCAAGCCCAACGGCGCCACCCCUAUUGGGCAUCGCCUCGAAGCAAUCCUCGGGCAUUAUUUCCGUGACCUGGACGUUGCUAAAAGACAGGAGGAUGCUGGUGACUAUCUUGCACGCAAGAAAAUCAAGCCCGUGAACAUGGUCAUUAUCACUGAUGGGCAGCCAACGGACGAUCCCGAAAGUGUGAUCGUCUCUUUUGCUAAGCGACUUGAUGUCGAUAAGUGGCCACUUGCACAGGUGGGGAUACAGUUCGUUCAGAUAGGGAAUUCGAAGGGCGCAACAAAGUUCCUCGUAGAGUUGGAUGAUAAUUUGAACCAAAAGCAUAAGAUACGGGACAUCGUCGACACAACUCCAUAUAUGGGCGAAGUUAAUGCUGAGAUGCUCAUCAAGGUUCUCCUCGGUGGCAUCAAUCGCCGCGUGGAUAAGCAGGGUGCUGCUGCGGUCAUGUAA